CCCGAUCUCCUCUCCUCUCUCUCUUCUCGUCGUGCGCCUCCUCCCCGCGGCGACGGCUUCCGCGAGCCGCGUAAACCCUAACCCUAAAUCGGUAAGCGAAGCAGCGGCAGCGGCAGAGGCGGCGGCGGAGGAGGAAGGUGGCGAUGGCGGCGAAGCGGGAGCUCUCGAGCACCCUCAGGAACCUCAAGUUUAUGCAGCGGGCGGCUGUUGCGCAGAAGGUUGAGGAGAAGCCCAAGGUUGAGGCGGCGGCGGCGGCGGCGGAGGAGGAGGUGGUGACGGUGCCUAGCGGAGGUGUUGGCUCGUCGGUUAAAGUCGCUCGGAAGUGCGUAGUUAUCAUGGAGGGUAAUCCACACCCUGGAGCUGCAAAGGGUCGAAUGUCAUUCCUGAAUUUCAACCCAUCCAUUGAUAAAUUAACUCAAGAGGCAACGGGUGGCCGCCAAUCACAGUUAGCAUCACCUAGUAAUAAUCAUCAGGAUGGUUCGAAUUCCAGCAGAACGGAUGAAGUAUCAAGAACAAGAUUUAGUGACUUCAACAUUGAUAGUUCAGAAAGCAUAUCUCUGAAUGAACUAAAGAGGAAACAGCCUGAGCUUGAAAUGGAAACACCACCAUCACAUAGGCAGCCCAAGACCACAGGUAAGAGUAUCGAUGGUGAUUCAUCUUCCCAAAGCAAUGGCCGUGGGUCUCACAAGUCAAACAAGCGUGAAAAGCUUGACUGGAAUCUUCUUAGACCACGGAAAUCAAAAUGAAGUCCGGAGUUAGCGUAGCCAAAACUUUGCUCUUGUACCCCAUUUGUACUCUGUAUCUGAUUAGCAUUUUCUCCUGUUUCGCGAGUUAUAUCUAGAAAGCUGGUAACCAGUAGUUUAUUUACAGUAAAAUGUUUGUCCUUGCCUAAUCUUGGUUUCAACUGUUCCCCUGUUCUUGAUAUGUUGUUUACUGCAUUACUUUGCUGUAACAAGGUUCUGCAGCAGCAAUGAGAAAUUACAGUUUUGACAGUGGUUAAUGCUGCAUCCUGGAUAUAUGUUGGAAGUGUAUUUGAUUGA